ACUCUCCCACCUCUCCUUUGCCAGAACCAGGACUCUGGCAUCCACCUCGAUCAUUGUGUCUUCUUGGCAAAGACGGGUGAUGGGGACAGACGGGGCGGUGAAAGACGGAGAGGUGAAGAUGACAUAGGGACAGGGAGGGAAGACCCAUCUACUUGUGUCUUCAUCCAGAAGAGAAACUUCAACACAGGAAGACAAACACGUUUAUUUUCACAGAUUUGGACACAAUUUAACUCUGAAUCUUUUUCAAAAUGCAUUUCUGGAUUUUUAAAGUAAUUUAAGGAUUCUUCUGAUUGUUGUCAGACACUUUGGCUCCAGUUGUGACCUCAGAGACACUGACGUGAUCACAUGAAGUGACCAGGAGGAGGAGGAGGAGGAGGAACACAGCGCUGAGAGCUGUGCAGAAACAACAUGUGGUUCACGGAUCGCUUCAACGCCGACGGAUUUAUCAGAUGAAACAUGCCGGAUACAAUCAUCAGGCACUUGCUCUUUGAAUCCAGUCCAGUCAUCACGGAUCUGAAGGGCUUUUAGCCCUGCAAGAACUUUGAGUCACAUCCUCAGGGCGCGUGCGCGCGCACACACACACACACACACACGGACUCAGGAGCUGCCACCAGGGGCUCAUUCAGAACUAAAGGCCAGCACUCAGGAUGAUCUGUAGGAAAACACAGACAUCCAAACCGAACCUGGACUGAAGCACGACGGAGACGUCUGAGUGGACAGCUCAGAACAAAACCUUCCGUUUAAAAGCUGACGACACUUGAAUUGUCAGCAAAGCGAGGACACCAGGUGUCCUCUGAGGACACCUGAAACAACAAUGUAGUUUUGGUCUUGAGUGGGACGUAAAAACGGACACAAAUCUGUCUUAAGAACAGCUGAUGGAUUUAAAAUGAUCAAAGUUUCACGAUAGAAGGAAGAGCUGAGUGCAGGAAGAGAUGUCACUUGUGUGGUGGACAUGAGAUCUUCAGUUUAAAGCAGGGGACAAUGUUAAACAGCUGUUCACUAAAAUCACCAUCAUGAUGGAGAAGCUGAAGCACUCUGCUCCACUCGCUUCACCACCUGACCUUCCUCGCCCCACCUCCUCAUCCUCCUCGUCCUCUCCUGCUUCCUCACCCUCCUGUGCAUCCACACGGCAGCACAGUCCUCCUCAAAACCUGGCCUCGGCAUCCUCGGACGAUAAGAAAAGCUCUCAUCCCACUGAUGAAACGAGGAAAACGCAGCGGACAAACAUGACCAGUUCAGCUCAGCCUCCCAUCAUCCUCACAACGGUGGUAACCAGUCACCAAGCUGGUCCAGCUGAUGCACCUGAUCCUGUCAUCGUGGAGACUGAGCAGGAGGAGGAGGAGGAGGUGGAGGGACUCAGAGAAUUAAAAUCCCCCUCCAGCUGUGCUCCUCGGACAGAUGGAUCACCAGGUCUUUCCUCUCCACCUCCACUCCUCCCUGCGCCAGCCAAGACUUCCCCAUGCCCUCUGCCACCUCCAGCCUCUGCCACAGCUGCCCCUCUAUCGUCAUCUUCUUCACCUCUUCCUCCUUACAUUCCGGUCAUCAGCCUCGGUCACAGCAAGCCUCAUUUGCCACUCACCUCCACCCCUCUGACUGCCCUCCACCCAAUUCCUAACCUCAUCCACGGAGCCUUGGGGGAGAUCCGGCGCAGCCAGCCGAGCUCUCUCUCCGUGGUCGGAGCAGGAGCUGCAGGAUUACCUGAAGGUCCAUCAGCUGCUUCCUCCGGGCUCCUAUUGGCUCAGCAGUACCUGCCCGCACACCCCUUCCUCACCAGCUCCUACCUGGGACCCUCAGGAGGAAGCUACAGCGUCAUCAACAGCAGCCGCAUCAAGAGGAGGCCGUCGUCACAUUUUGAGAUGGAGAUCAGUGAAGCAGGUCCGCCUCAGAAACUGGCCCGGCGUGUCUUCACCAACAGCCGAGAGCGCUGGCGGCAGCAGAACGUGAACGGGGCUUUUUCUGAACUGAGGAAACUAAUCCCCACACACCCGCCCGACAAGAAGCUGAGCAAGAAUGAGAUCCUGCGUCUGGCUGUCAAGUACAUCAACUUUCUGGUCAACAUGCUCAAAGACCAGGCCCAGGACAAGAGCAGGGACUCUGGGGGGGAGGACGCUGGGGACGGGAGCACCGCGGCAGGGCCGGACGGCAGCAGACAGAAGACUGUUUUUCAGUGUAACACACCACCUGCAGCAUCCCGCCCCAUUGCCGUGGCAACAACCCACAGAGACUCAACUGACUCUGUCAUCGCUUUGGCUAAUUCUCCAGCAACGUCAAGCUGCUACGGAGACACGGACAGUGAGGAGAGCUUUGGGGCUAAGACCUCUCUGGUGACCCAUGGUAUUAUGGUAAAGGUCAAGGGUCAGAUAGGGAUAAUGGCCGCCACAAAUGAUGAGCGGUGACAAAAAAAAGACAAACAAUGACCGUAGGAGAUGAACGGAAGAGUCAGCUCCCAGACAGCAUGAAUGAGAGAGAUUAUGUGGUUUUCAGCUGUGUGACAAUAAUAAGUGUUCAACUUUACGCUUUAAUAAAACAUCAGAAUGCGCUUUGAGGCACCGAGGCAUGAAACAA